GUAGUGUAUGCUUUAAGUUGUAUGCAUGGGUAUGAAUGGUCAUGAGUAGUACUAAAAUAACAUAUAUGUUUGGGCAUAAUAUAGACAUAUGUUGUGAUGUAAAGAGGCUGCUUACCUCUCGAUUUUGGCUCUAUUGGAGGGUGAUAUGCCUCAUAAAAAACGUAUAGGGACUAACUUGCCUCAACAUCACAAGUUUUCAGGUUGGAUUUUACAUUUUUGCCUUUCACUGUCAACAAAAGGUAUUUGCUCCGGUCUACCACUGAUAACAUGGGCCCUUUUCGCAGACCGGUUCUGCAAUGAGAAGCUGGUAGUGCAAAUAGCUAAAACCGGUGUCAGGAGCCGAAUGGAGCAACCCAUGGUGAUUGGGCAGGAAGAGGAGAUUGGGGUGUUGGUCAAGAAGGAAGAUGUUAAAAAUGCUAUAGACCAGUUAAUGGAUGGAGGCAAUUAGGAAGCUGAAGAGAGAAGAAAAAGAGCCAGAGAACUUGCUGAAUGGCAAAGAAGGCUGUUGAGGUCGGGGGAUCUUCUCACCGGAGCAUCACACAGUUGAUCCAAGAUAUCAUGCAAUAAUCUCUUGUUAAGGGCCUUCGUAGUACCUGAGGGAGAUACACAGAAGCAAAAAGAGGUGCUUUAUCCAUUCUAAAGUUUCAAACUUCUUUCAAUAAUCAUGAUUGUAGGGU